AUGCCCAACACGACCGACACUACAUCAGCAAAUCCCUUUGAGGAAUGUCCUCGCCGCAUGAAUGAAUAUACAGCACGGGAGAUCGCCACACUACAAGCACGGCUCGAUAAGAAAUUAGGCCCCGAAUACAUCUCCUCUAGGCCAGGCGCCGCGGGACAGAGAGUCCAUUAUCUGGCUGCAGACAAAUGCAUUAACCUUGCCAAUGAGGUCUUUGGUUUUAAUGGGUGGUCGAGUUCGAUACAACAAAUUCAGAUCGAUUUCGUUGAUGAGAGCCCAAAUACAGGGAAGAUUAGUUUGGGACUGUCUGUUGUAGUGAGGGUGACUCUGAAAGAUGGGACGUACCAUGAGGAUAUCGGGUACGGCCACAUUGAGAACUGUAAAGGGAAAGCUGCGGCCUUCGAAAAAGCAAAGAAAGAAGGAACUACAGAUGCCUUGAAGCGUACAUUGAGGAACUUCGGCAACGUGUUGGGCAAUUGCAUAUAUGAUAAGGAUUACGUAUCGAAAGUGACAAAAGUGAAGACAGCGCCUGCGAGGUGGGAUGUGGACGACCUUCACCGACACCCUGAUUUCGCACCCAUCAAGAAAGAACCAGCUCAGCAGAAGCCGAUGCAGGAGGAUGAUGAUCUUCCCCCUCGCCCGACUGAUGCGGGAAAGAACAGCAAUAACUUAGCCGAUAAUGCCUUUGAUGCUGAUGGAGAGUUCGGAAGUGACCUAUUUGACGAAGCGGACUUUGGAGUCGCCGCAACUGGAAACCCAGAUGAAAUAGUAAUAGGCCCAGAUACCCAGAGAUUUCAACAGCCACCGACACCUAUGAACCGUCAAAAUGGCCCAGCCCCGUACAGGGGCCCUCAACAGCAUAACCCCUUAGCUGCAGCAAGACCCAAUCCCGCCAUUGUUACACCAUCCAAACCAGAAAGACCGCUGAACCAGGCAGCUGCCUCUAGACAGAUACUACCUCCUGCUCUGAAUGGCAGACCAAACCCUGCCCCACUCGCUCAAAACCCGCAACACAGCCUUCCAAGCGGAAGAAUACUACCAGGUCAACCAAAAGCUAACCAGGACACUGCCAUGCCCGGCGCAGGUGGUCAGGUGCCCAUUAAACGGGAACAAGUUCCUAAUCCUCACGAUCCCAGAUCCCAGGACCUGCUCCCACCUGGAAGCUCACCGAUGCCAUCCGCAUCAUUCUUCUCAGCCCGAGCAGUCGAUCUCCUACGUGACAACCCACAAGCUAACGCUGCCCCGGCGUUCGACCCCCACGCAGAAAGCCCAUCCAUUCGCAAGACAGCGGGCGUCGACCACAGUAAGAGUGUUCCGAUUUCCAAACCUAUGCUUGCCGGCGUAUCCCCCGCCGCCAACAACACCCGUGACUAUGUCAACCCUUCUCAAGAUAUGCAUCGGAAAAUUGGCGCCCCCAGCGGAAUCGGCAGUCCCAUGAAUCGAGCGCAAACAACCUCAUCCUACCGCCCGUUAACAAGACCGAACAUCGACCCCAAGAAUGCUGCGAAUGCUGCAUCUGCAAACAGGGGCGUCGGGCCACAGAAUCUAAACGGGAAACGACCUCCUUUGAGUGACGUGACUAAUGCAUCCACUUUGGGCGGCAGCGGGCCUGCUCCCAUCGGUGGUGCCAUGGAUACUAAGAGGCCGAAGGUUAACGAGGGACCUCUACCACAGCAACAACAGCAGCAACAGCAAUAG